AAAAGCUGCCCGUCACCGAGAAAACGGCGGCCGUUUAAAGUGGGUCCCUGGGAAAAAAAAGAAAAGAGGGAAACAAAAACACGUCAGUCACAUUUCCCAGUCACCUGAAAACGUGAUUGAUGUGGGUGUGGAGGGGUGUGUAUCCGUAGGUGUGGAGGUCGAGCGUGACAGUUCAGCCCCGGAGAUGCUCAGCUCACACCCGGCUUCACUCUGAGCGCGCGAGCACUGCACAGGUAGCUGCGAGCCGAACAGAAGUCCGCGCGCGCACCUGGGACCGAGCGGGACACUCUUUCCUGACGGUGCACUUCUGGGUUUUGCCUUUUUUUAAAGGAACGGUUGGCACACUUGCCUCGUGCCCUGUGCUCGCUUCGUUCGGCGCGUGAAGGCUCCGUGCGCCGGUAUUCCAUGACACCUUCACCUGUUCUGCUUGUGCACGCGCUGAGAAUCUGAGACCGACUUGAGGACUGAGAGUUUAUUUAUUAUUAUCUGUUGAAGCUCCAGUGAGACAUAUCAAGGAUGGACAGCAGUCCGGGAAGUGUUAUACUAUAUGCUGGCUCCAAUGGCAGUGCCAGCCCUAGCCCAGGAAGUCCAUCCAGUGGCUAUCAGACCCAGUCGCCCUCCUCACACUCCCAGCCUUCGUCCCCAGAGGAGGUCACCUUCACUGAGAUUGGGGCCCUGAAGCAGCGUGGUAAUGGUGGGACACCCCCCUCUCCCAAGCUGGUGUUCCAGUUCCCCGAGAUCUACAAUGGCUCCACGACAGCCUCCGGCCAGCAUUCUUACUCGCACCCCAUCGCAGGCAAAAGGCCCUGUGGAUUCACUGGCACCUUUACCAAAACAGGAGGCAUGGUUCUGCUGUGCAAAGUGUGUGGCGACAUCGCGUCAGGAUUCCAUUAUGGUGUGCAUGCGUGCGAAGGCUGCAAGGGUUUUUUCCGCCGCAGCAUCCAGCAGAACAUCAACUACAAGAUGUGUGUGAAAAAUGAGAACUGCCUGAUCAUGCGCAUGAAUCGCAACCGCUGCCAGCACUGCCGCUUCAAGAAAUGCCUGGCUGUCGGCAUGUCCCGUGACGCUGUGCGUUUCGGCCGCAUCCCUAAGCGUGAGAAGCAGAGGCUGCUGGACGAAAUGCAGAGCUACAUGAACAGCCUGAAUGAGUCAGCCAGCAUGAAUAUGACAUCCUCCCCUUCCCGUGAGCCUUCAACCAGUCCCAUAGAGAUUCAGCCCAAAGAAGCCAUCAGCUCCAUGGCCAGAGCCUACCAGGACAUCUUCCCAGGUGGUCAAGACCAUUUGGGUAAGAGAGUGGCCAGCACCAGCAGCAGCGUGCCAACCUGCUUUCAGAGCACCCCUCUUCAGGAAAACAACUACAAUCAUGCCAACCCCUCUACGGUGUACCACUCUAGCACACCUGUGGGGUAUACAGCACCUUCUCUAUGCCCUGUAUCUCACAAUGACAACAAAUGCCCACUGUCUUCAAUGGACAAUGCUCGCUAUAACUUCCCUACAUCAUCCAAUCAGAACCACUGCCAGUCCACGAUCAGCACACUUCUGCAGCCCAACCAGGCCAAUUACAACAGCAGUUAUUCGGCUGGGGAGAUGCAGACUCAGACCUCAUGUCCAUGGAAGCUUGAUGCAGGCUCCAAAGUGCUGGCCUGUCCCUUGAAUGCAUGCCCAGUGUCAGCACCAGGGGUCUCCAGUCAGCAGGUGUGGGAGUCUUUCUCACAGUGUUUCACCCCUGCAGUCCGAGAGGUGGUGGAGUUUGCGAAGGGCAUCCCAGGCUUUCAGGACCUCUGUCAGCAUGACCAGAUCAUGCUGCUCAAAGCAGGCACCUUCCAGGUGCUGAUGGUGAGGUUCUGCUCACUCUUUAACCCAAAGGAAAGGACGGUGACUUUCCUUAAUGGACAGGCCUACCCACUUGCUACCCUGAGAGUGCUGGGCAUGGGCUCACUACUGGAUACCAUGUUUGAAUUCAGUGAGAAGCUCGCCUCUCUAGGUCUGGAGUCUGACGAGAUGGCACUUUUCAUGGCGGUGGUGUUGGUCUCUGCAGAUCGCACUGGCAUCUCAGAGACGGCAGCUGUAGAUCAGCUACAGGAGGGUCUGAUCAGGGCACUGCGUGCAUUGGUAACCCGCCGUCACCCUGAUGACAGCACCCUCUUCCCCAAGCUGCUACUGCGUCUGCCGGACCUGCGCACUCUCAACAACCUGCACUCAGACAAGCUGCUGGCCUUCCGCAUAGACCCCUGAGUUGCCCGCACCAGCCAACCAGCCAUGACUGGCCAAUUAGAGCAGAGUUUCCUCUGGUUCAGAAGAAGACCGAUCAUUUAGGAGAAGCGGAGAACAAUGGAUGAAGCUCUCAUUUGAACUUUUGUGUCAGAGAGGGCAUCUGACAUAGUGGAAAGACAGUCAACUCAACUGAACUGAAUCAAGAGUGACUCUCCUUUCCCUCCAUACUAUCCAUGACUCGUAAGAACACACAAAGCACCCCGAAAUGUUUUCCAAGUGUCAUUUCUUCAGAGGGGAGGGCGUUUCUUAUUCAUGUCAUCGCUAACCAGCUUAAUGACAGAACUGUCAAGGAACUUUUUCAAGUCCAAAAAAGAGAAGUUCCUGUCCGGAUCAUUCCUCAUCAGUCUUCUGGUUUUUUUUCCCCAGCACAGUCCUUCAGCCUGCAACCAAGACCACAAUAUAGAGUAGAUUAUUAAAGUAUAGGGACCAUUUAAUGCAGAGUUUCUGUGUAUGUAUGUGCCUGUGUGCAAGUGAAAAAGAAAAAAAAUGACCAUGUACAUAACACAGAUAUUACAAUGAUUUAACUCAUGUCAUGUAGAGCUCCAGUUCCAGACGUUCAAACAUUAUUCAACAUUUGUAACCUGUGUUAAUGUGAGUGACAUUAAAUAGCACAGUUUCAUCUGUAUCAAUGAGCACAAGCACUCUAGCUACAGCUUUAGUUUGAAAGAAAUGAAUGGAAGUUACAUCCUUUCUGGGAUAGUAUAACACAAAUCUUGUAUUUCUUCGUUUACCUUUUCUGUUAUAUGUCAUGUUGAAUACAGUACAUUGAUUGUUGUUACUUGUUCUCCUCCAUGGUUUAAUCCGAAUCUUGGGAGAUGAAAACCAGCAGCCACCCCUCCCAUCCCCCCAAGCAUGUUGAGUUUGGUAGUUGCUUAUUUUUUCUGUUUUCUUGCUGUAAAUAUUAUACACCUGCAGGUAUGUUUGAAGUAACUGUUCAGUACAGUGGGCUGGGAUAUCAGAAAACAAUAUUCAUCAAAAUUAUAUUUUUGGAGAGUUAUGUCUGGCAGAAGUUGGGCUUUGGGUGCCUUUGGAGUAGAUGUUUAUGUGCGUUUGUGAAAGAACCCUCACCAGGUUUGCAGAAAUAAGGAAAGAUCAGAUUAUCCUGACACCAGCAGAGUCCUCUCACAGCCUUUACUGAGAUUAAGAGGUUUUUAUCAAGUCAUUUGGACUAUCAUGUGGAACAUUUGAUUGGUUGAGAUUCUUAAUGCGUGUUAAAACAAUGCUAUAUGAUCAUGCUAUGUAUAUGUAUAUUUUGUAAAUUGUAUUCUUCCAUAGAAACAAGAUAAAUAUGAGAUUAUCUA